CAAAAGGACACGCUUCAGGCUCAGUUUGAAUGUAUGGUGAAGGAGACACUUUAAAAAUGCUGCCGACUUUGAGGAAAGUGUUAGUUUGUGGGAUACAAAGACGUAAUUGUAGACUUUAUUCCUUACAAACGAAAGGUUUAGUUCUUGGUGUGUACGAAAAAGAUAAAGAUGACAACAGCAGCAAGGUGGUUCUUACUGAAGCAGCUGCUGAAUUUGACCGAUCCGUGUCAGGAAAACUCAGUGAGAUUCUGUCACUAUCUGGACCUCCCUUAAAGAAGGGAAAGAGCCGGUUGUUCUAUGGAUUACACCAGGAUUUCCCAAGUGUAGCAGUAGUGGGUCUUGGCCAGAAAGGUGCAGGAGUGUGCAGGAAGGAGCAUUGGGAUAACGGCAAGGAGAACAUCCGAGCAGCUGUCGCAGCGGGCUGCAGGCAGCUUCAGGACCUCGAGAUUCCUCAUGUGGAGGUGGACCCAUGUGGAGACGGUCAGUCGGCAGCAGAGGGCGCCGUGCUCGGUUUGUUUGAGUACAACGAGCUUAAAAGCAAGAAAACGACCCAGGUCACUCCACAGCUUUACGGCAGUGGAGAUGAUAAAGAGUGGAAGAAAGGUGUUCUCUAUGGAGAGGGGCAGAACCUGGCCAGGAGACUGAUGGAGGCUCCAGCCAAUCACGUUACACCUACAGUUUUCGCCGACACCAUCGAGCAGAAACUCUCCCCCUUCUCCGACAAAGUGACCGUCUAUAAAAGAGCCAAGCCGUGGAUCGAGAGCGAGCAGAUGGGGGCGUUUCUCAGUGUAGCCAAAGGCUCAGAGGAGCCCCCUGUCUUCCUGGAGGUCCAUUACACCGGAAGUCCGGAUUCCAAGCAGGCUCCCUUAGUGCUUGUAGGCAAAGGAGUGACGUUUGACAGUGGUGGAAUCUCGAUAAAACCCUCCUCUGGGAUGGAUGCCAUGAGGGCAGAUAUGGGCGGAGCCGCUGCUGUGUGUUCGGCCAUCGUCACCGCGGCUGCACUGAAACUGCCAAUCAACAUCAUAGGUUUGACGCCUCUCUGUGAGAACAUGCCUAGCGGAAAAGCUAACAAACCAGGAGACGUGGUAAAGGCGAAGAACGGCAAAACCAUCCAGGUCGAUAACACUGACGCUGAAGGUCGUCUGAUUUUGGCUGACGCCCUGUGCUACGCUCACAACUUCAACCCCAGGGCUAUAGUCAACGCUGCUACUCUUACCGGUGCCAUGGAUGUCGCCUUGGGUUCGGCUGCUACAGGCAUCUUCACUAACUCUGAUUGGCUUUGGGAACAGCUGCAUAAAGCGAGCGUUGUCACGGGCGAUCGGGUGUGGAGGAUGCCACUGUUUCAGCACUACACCAGACAAGUUACUGAAACUGCUCUGGCUGACUUGAACAACGUUGGGAAAUACAGCCGCUCGGGCGGAGCAUGUACAGCAGCGGCGUUCCUGCGGGAGUUUGUCACAGCCAGUCACUGGGCUCAUCUGGAUAUCGCCGGGGUGAUGUCCAAUAAGGAUGAAGUCCCAUACAUGAGGAAGGGAAUGUCGGGGCGGCCCACACGGACGCUUGUUGAGUUUGCAGCUGCUUUGGCUUCUGGGUCUUAAAGGGAUCCGUGUGUGAGCUUCGACCUCUCGGACCACAGGAGUGAAUUCCAAAUUCAAGACAUUUGUGUGGGAAAAUGUUGCAAGCGGAAAACACUAACGUCACGUUUAGUCCGGGUUUGGUUGAAGUCAUGAAGCUCUGAGUGAAGACGAUAAAUGGACAUUUCUUAAAGUAGAAGUUGUUGUUAGUUGCAGGAAUUAUAACAGAAUUGCAUCCAAAUCCCAAUCAGUCCCUCCAGGAUCAACGGCAACAUCCGAAGGUUUUUCCCAGGCAGCCUCGUGCGUCUCCACAAACACGUCUACUCUUCAUUCGUUUGCUUUAAUUUCAGUGAAUAUAUUUAUGCUGCUGAUGUCAUCACUGAUUCUCACAACUCUUUACUGUAAGUUAAUAAUCUGAAGAUUAACAUGGUUUUAAGGAAAAUACAAAGAUGGAACAAUUCGCACCAUCCAAGUGAGACGUGUCAAAUAAAUCCGUUUGCUUUCA